AUGCAACAAAAAUUGAAUGAUCUGUGUAAGCAUUUUUUAGAUACAAAUGAGCGGCCGUAGAAUUCUAUAAAGAAAUACAAGCCAGAAGAACGUUUUGAAGAUUAUCCAAAAUCAAAAGAACUGAUUCGAUUAAAAUCUGAGUUGAUAAAGAAACAUAAUCAUCCCCCAAAUUAUAUCAAGGCUGAUUUAAGAACAUUUGAUUUGUAAUAGUUGGGCAAAUUUGAUGUAAUUCUAAUCGAUCCACCCUGGGCAGAAUAUGCCAAGAGAUUGAUGUAGGCAAACAUGUAGGUUAAGGAGCAUCAAUAGUCUUGGACAUUAGAGGAAUUAAAACAAUUGCACAUUGAUAAAAUUGCAGACAUUCCAAGUUUCAUCUUCUUAUGGUGUGGAUCUGAACAUUUGGAUGAUGGCAGAGAGUUAUUCAAAACCUGGGGAUUCAAAAGAUGUGAAGACAUUGUUUGGUUGAAAACUAACAAAGAUCAUUCAAAAUAAAAUUAAUAUGUUGCAGGAUAAGAUUACGGAGACAAUUUAUUUAGAAGAGUCAAAGAACAUUGUCUGGUGGGUCUCAGAGGAGAUGUAAAGAGAGCCUCAGAUCAACAUUUCAUUCAUGCCAACAUAGAUACGGAUGUGAUUAUAACAGAAGAGGAAGUCAUGGGAUCCACAAAAAAACCAGAAGAAUUGUAUGAGAUUAUAGAGAGGUUUUGCUUGGGAAGAAAGAGAAUUGAGUUAUUCGGAGAAAUACAUAAUAUUAGAGAUGGUUGGUUGACAAUUGGAACAUAACUAAGAGAUACUAGACAAAUGCCAUAACAAUAUAAUUCUUAUUUCUAAUAAGAACAAUUUAGUGAAGAAAAGCCAUUCAUGGGUCCUAGGUAUUUAUAAACAACGAUUGAAAUUGAAAAUUUGAGACCAAAAUCCCCUCCAAAAGAGUAAUAGUAAUAAUAACCACAAACAUAUUUUUAUUGA